AAAGAUUAAGAGAACAUGAUCUUAGCGAAUUCUUGCCGCCGCAUCCUCAGCAUCGGAGCCCGUGGCCGUGCUCCGCUCACAGCCGCCUCGCGUCCCGGCUACUUGCUACCGCAACCACUCCACCUAGGAAUAGGAUCCUUGCUCCACCGCAUCACCAAACCCGCUGCCGUUUGUCGAUCGCCCGCGCUCCGUCGAUGCUACUGCACCUCCCAGCCCGUCGACCCCCGGCCCCGUUGGUACCACAGUCCGCUCAGGAUCGCCUCCGCGGUAGUUCUCGUCUCCGGCGUCACGGGCCUCACGGCAUUAGCCGUCUACCGCCCGUACCUCGACAUUGAGGUCGUGCCGUACACUAAUCGGACUCAUGUGGUGGUCCUCUCCCCCCAAUCCGAGCGUGAGGUCUCUGUUCACCGCUUCGACGAGCGCAUGAACAAGUACGCCGCCGAGUCUCGGAUCGUCGACCCGCUCCACCCUGACACUGUCCGCGUCCGCCGCAUAUUGGAGAAAGUCAUCCACGCCACUCACCGCAACCUCGACAUAGACAGCCACGACAUUGUGAUGCUCUCCUCUCACAAGAAUGCGCAGGAUCUGGAUAACGAGAACCGAAGAAAGCCGCAGGGUAAGAAACCAGGCCGUCUUGCAGCCGCACGCCCGACAUCUCCGUGGGCUCAAGUGGGAGGUCGUCCUUGUCAAAGAUCGUCGGGUCAAUGCAGGGUGCAUGCCCGGCAAGAUAAUGGUCACCACAGGAUUGCUCGACCUUCUCAAGACUGACGCUGAGAUUGCCUUUGCUCUUGGCCACGAGGUUGGGCACGUCAUUGCAAGGCACAAGGCGGACAUCGCCAGGCAAGAUUGGUUUCCCACUCUCUUAUGGCGGCCUUUCUUUUCAAUGAUGGAGAUAGAGGCGGAUCAUAUUGGAAUCAUGCUACUCGGCGCUGCAGGUUUCGAUCCGUACAAAGCCCUUGUGGUCCUCUGGAAGCUAGCAAAUAUGGGUGCUUUAACAAAAAAGGAAUCUCUCAUGUCUAGAUAUCCUUCAUAUGUUACAAGAUCGCAAUAUUUGUCGCAACACAAGGUCAUGCAGAAGGCAGUGAAAUUAUACAAAGAAGCUCGACGACGGUGAAGGCCUUCCUUUCCGAGGAUCCUUGAGAAACCAGUGCAACAUUGUAUCAACAAGAUUGAUACGAGAUUUUGGAGGGUGAUCGACAAAUUAGAAUGCAUGGUUUAACCGAAGCAAAUCAGGGAAAUGUUACAUGAUGUCCUGCAAGUGUACAUAGUUGGUUGUAGUUGCUUUCAGGAAGUAAGAUUAUCGAUCCCAUGAAGAGCUAAAGAAACGGUUGUUUGCCUCUUGUA